ACUAUAGCGAAACAAGUCGCACGGAGGUGAUCGAAAUGUACCGUGCAUUGGCAUUUAUUUGUGCACUGGGCGUCUGCGUGAGCUACGUGCUUGCCACACAGUGUCCUACAUGCGUUGGCGUGCAGGCAUGCCACAGCAAUCAAACCGUCCCCAAAGUUACUUGCACAGCUGCUGUUGUGAAUCAAACCGUGAUCCAGUUGUCGGCGUACUUCAAAAAUGUUAGCGAAUUUGCGGCCACCGCCUCGAAGUACAGUUGCGUUAAGGCGAACUUUAAGCCGUCAGGCGCCGUGAAUUACACCUUUGCCGUACAGGGAUGCACGACGGGCAAUAAAAACGUCUGCCUACAGCCGACAUACGAAUUCAAUGGGAACCUUAGCUGUUCCUACAAAAACGGUGGCCAUAAGUUGCAUAACCUCGCCCAAAGUCCUUUCACCGGUGCGCUGCUGAGUGUAGUCAUCCUAAUUGGCACGCUGAUGAUGUCUAGCUAAAACGGUGCGAUGAUUUCAUUCAAUACCGCCGGUUGGCUUAAUUAACGCGCUAGGGUGAAGCGAAAUAAACCGAUAAUCAACACACAAGUGGCCAUUAAUCCGAUCGAUGACACAUGCGUGCCCGCCCGGUCAUCUUCGUCGUCGUAGCUGGUGACGAACAGGCUGUUGCAAUCUUUGCCUUUGCACGACUCGCAAUGCAUGUUGUCAUGCAGGUUGUCACAGAUCGGAAGGUCCUCGUACGUGCAGCCCUUCAGAUGGAACAGCUCUUCGCCCAGAACCAUAAACUUGAAACACUUGAAGCGUGUUUUAUCCGCUUUCUUCACGUCCAAGUCUUCAUUCACACGCAUGAACAGGGAAAGAUACUUCUCCGCCAACUCCUCGGUGCACUCCAGGAACUCCGCCCCAUCGUCGCAGGUGCGUUCUUCGCCCUGGGCAAUGCAGUGCAUACACUGGUCGGCAUAACCUAGGGCGAAACCAAAUCCAUGCAGAAACCGCAACUAUGAAGCGUUUUCACGUAAAAAUGCAUACCACUGUAAACCGCAUUCAGUAACAACAGCAAACAGAGGAUUAAAGCCAAAGAACUCAUCCUGAGCGAUGCUUUGCAGUGCUGACUGUUUCAAACACUUGCCGUUAUUGACUUUCACGCCUGCACUGGCCGGGUCAUGUAGGUAGCUGCUGGAAAUAAAAUAUUCACACACCAAUCAAUGUGAGUCUCAGCUAACCUUCAAAAGCUUUUUUUGGAAUUAAUCCAAUGCAUCCUUCCUGAUGGUGAUGGUUUUCAGGCAUUCCCAUCCAAA